AUGGGAAGCUCAGCAUCAAAGCAAAGAGGGAGACAUUUGUCGAAAACUAUCACAGAAUCGGUCUCAAAGCCGAUAAAACGAAGUCAGAUUGAUCUUUUAAAAGCCCAGAAACAAGCAUCGCAAAGCCCACCUAGCCCUGAUCAUCUACAUCAUCCCAACACCACACAAUCACCAACACCACUCAGUGGUAACAACCAGACAGGUUUCACCCCUGAUGAAAGUCUAAAUCAAAAGGAGACAGCCUUUAGAGCCAACUCCUCAACCUCCUUUGAUCCAAAAUUUUUGCAUAAAAAGAUAAAUUCUGCAAAUACAACACCAGAGGGUAAAGAUGGAGGUGAUCCUCAUGAGCAAGGUACAUCCACAUAUGACAAAGGAUUUAUUGAUUCAUUAAACCAACUAGGCAAACAGAUCAAGACCGUGGAAUUUAACCCAGCAAAGGAUAAAAACGCUGCGGCUAUCAAACAACUCCAAGAGAGGAAAAGGCUUUAUGAACUUGGCGAACAGGAGAUUAAAGACCAAAUGUCACAGAAUACUAAUGAUGGAAAGGAAAUUUUCAAAUCCAUGGUUCAUCCACAGACAUUGAGUGCUAUAUUGAGAGAUGUUAGAGAUCCACGAGUUGAUAACCAAACAAUAGCCAAAGAUUACCAAUUGAAGCCAGAAUUUUUGAGUAAUCUUGGUGAUGUAUUCCAAGUACCAACCACCGUAAGGCAGUUUGAAGAAGAUACUAAAGCUGAUGAAGUGGGCCAUAAAACUGUUCCUCAACAACGUCGCUCAAUUCACGAGACACAAGAUGAAACUGCCAACGAAACAGUAGAUGGUGAAACAUACAAAAAACUACAGAAGCGUUUAAGUUUGGACGACUAA